CCCCUACCCAUAUAAAACCGACGAUCCCACCAGUUGAGGGUAAUCGCCCUGUGUAUUCGGAUGGUCCUCAAUUGGCCAGUCUUGGCGAUCGUUACGUUAUGAAGCUGACAGUCAUCUCCCUCACAACACUUCUUGCUCUGGGGUCAGUCCCCGGCAGCGUCUCUGUACCUACCUCCAAUGACUUGAUCGUUGAGGAUAUCGCACGGCGUGCCCUUCCCAACGCCCCAGAUGAAUAUACCCCAAGCAAUGUGACCUGCCCGUCAACCAGGCCAACAAUCCGGAGCGCAUCCACGCUCUCAAAGAAUGAAACGGCAUGGCUGGAUGUGCGUCGACAGCAGACCAUCUCUGCCAUGAAAGACUUCUUCGGACAUCUAAAUAUGAGCAACUUCGAUGCCGUGUCGUACAUCAGCAAGCAUGCUUCAAACGUCUCCAAUGUACCCAACAUUGGAAUCGCUGUAUCGGGCGGGGGCUACAGAGCCUUGACUAAUGGUGCAGGUGCAAUUAAAGCAUUUGAUAGUCGUACGGAAGGGUCCACCCAAAGCGGUCACCUCGGUGGUCUUCUGCAGUCAGCAACGUAUCUAUCGGGCCUGUCUGGAGGUGGCUGGCUUCUGGGAUCAAUCUACAUCAAUAACUUCACGACCAUUUCGAAUUUGCAGACGUACAAGGAGGGCGAAGUGUGGCAGUUCCAGAACUCGAUCAUUAAAGGCCCAGAGACCAAGGGGUUGCAGAUCUGGGAUACAGCGAAGUAUUAUGACGACCUGGUGAAGGUCGUCGCUGGAAAACGCGAUGCUGGCUUUAACAUCUCCUUCACCGACUACUGGGGCCGCGCUCUCUCAUAUCAACUCAUCAAUGCUACCGAUGGUGGACCCAGCUACACUUGGUCAUCCAUUGCGUUGGCCCAAGAUUUCAAGGAUGGAAAGAUGCCUUUGCCUCUCCUUGUCGCGGACGGACGAAACCCAGGCGAGAUUUUGAUCGGCAGCAAUUCGACCGUCUACGAAUUCAAUCCCUGGGAGUUCGGUAGCUUUGAUCCUUCUAUUUUCGGAUUUGCCCCUCUUGAAUAUCUCGGAACAUAUUUCGAAGACGGUCGGGUUCCUUCUAAUUCGACCUGUGUGCGCGGCUACGAUAAUGCCGGGUUCGUUAUGGGCACAUCUUCCAGUCUCUUCAAUCAAUUCAUCCUUAAGCUCAAUACUACGGAUCUCCCCAGCACCGUUCAGCAUAUCGCCGCUGACAUUCUCGAAGAGCUUGGCGACCGGAACGACGAUAUCGCCAUAUACUCGCCCAAUCCCUUCUAUAGAUACCGCAACGCGUCCGUCGCCUACGAACAGACCCCCAAUCUCAACGUCGUUGACGGCGGCGAAGACAAGCAAAACCUGCCUCUUCACCCCCUGAUUCAGCCCACCCGCAACGUGGACGUGAUCUUUGCAGUAGACUCCUCGGCCAGCACAUCCAACAGCUGGCCCAACGGCAGCCCCCUGGUCGCCACGUACGAACGCAGUCUUAACUCCACAGGUAUCGGCAACGGGACCGUGUUCCCCAGCAUCCCCGACAAGAGCACCUUCAUCAACCUCGGACUCAACACGCGUCCCACGUUCUUCGGGUGCAACAGCUCCAACAUCACCGGCCAGGCUCCGCUGGUCGUCUACCUGCCCAACUACCCCUACACGACCUACUCCAACAAGUCGACGUUCCAACUCAAGUACGAGAUCUCGGAGCGCGACGAGAUGAUCACGAACGGAUACAACGUCGUGACCAUGGGCAACGGCACCCGGAGCUCGUACUCGGACUGGCCCACCUGUGCCGGCUGUGCCAUCCUGGCCCGGUCGUUCGACCGCACGAACACGGAGGUCCCGUCUGUCUGCAUGCAGUGCUUCGACAAGUAUUGUUGGGACGGAACACGGAAUAGCACGGAGCCUGCCGCGUACGAGCCGAGUGUGUUGAUGGUGAAUGCGAAGAAGUCCGGGGCGAUGGGGGCAUACCCGUCUGGGAGACUUUUGUAUUUUAUUCCUGUAGUCGCUUUGUGGGCUUGUUUGAUUUAAAUCCCCCAACAAAUAGAAAUAAUCAGAGUCUUAGAGCCAACUUUCACC